AUGGAUACAGCCAGCGACUCUGUCGGAGAAAGUAAACCCGUGUGUCAGUGUGCGCCUAAGUCCGCGGUCCAGCGGUGGCUUCCAGGUUUUCCCAUCGCACUGUGUUUACUGAUGUCCCUGAGCUCCAUCACUGUGUGUCUUCUGAUGAGCUUGAAGACUUACCAACUCGAGAGCCAAAUGGAGAAAGCGUCCAUCUUCCACCCGCCACACAUGGCUUUUCUAAACGAGGAUGGAACCCUAAUUCCUGAGCUGAGCUCCUCAAUAGGGAAGCUCGUGGAAGAGAAAGUGGUGGUGCUGAUGCCAAAAUUGCGCACAACUAGGGAUGUUGGCCAAGAGUGCUCCUGUCCUCCAGGGCCUCCAGGAAAGCGUGGAAGGAUGGGAAGAAGAGGGGACCCUGGACCUCCUGGCAAGGCUGGACGGGAUGGAUACCCGGGGCCACUUGGCUUGGAUGGCAAACCAGGUUUACCAGGUCCCAAGGGAAGUCAGGGACCAGCCGGACCCAAGGGAGAAAAGGGUGACCAAGGAGACAUUGGGCCAAGGAUGGUCUUUCCCCGAUAUGACCAUGGCUUUCUCUCUGGAGACCAGUCCAGCAGCUUUCAGAGGAGAUUUCUGAAGGGUGACCAAGGCCAGGCCGGACCCGCUGGUCCUCCCGGUCCCCCAGGUCCCCCUGGCCCCAGAGGCCCCCCUGGGAACACUGGCAAGGAUGGACCCCGUGGUCCUGCUGGAGAGCCAGGUUUUCCAGGCCGUGAUGGCUCUGAUGGACAGCAAGGGUUGCCUGGAAAGCCGGGAGAAGAUGGUCAUCCAGGUUAUCAAGGACUACAGGGUCCUCCAGGGUCAAAGGGCGAGCCAGGUUUUGGAGAAAAAGGAGAGAGAGGCAUGGAUGGACUCCCAGGAUUUAAGGGAGACAAAGGGGAAAUUGGAGAGCGAGGACUACAGGGACCUACGGGUUAUCCUGGAGAAAAGGGUGCUGAAGGCUCCUCAGACAUCAUUGACUUCAAUGGGAAGCUUCUAGAUGCUUUCCAGGCUAUCGAGACCAUCAGUGUUUCGGGCCCACCUGGACCACCUGGGCCCCCAGGCCCUGCAGGGGAAAAGGGUGAGCUUGGUUUACCUGGGCCAGCAGGAGUUGAUGGGGAGAAGGGACCUAAAGGAGACAUGGGUGAGACAGGACCUCCUGGAGAAAGAGGAGAGAAGGGGGAGAUGGGACUGUCUGGGCCUGCUGGUAUGGACGGACAUAAGGGGGAGAAAGGCGACUGCAGACUGGAUGACAACCUGGUUCAGAUGAUUUCCCAGCCGGGACCACCUGGCCCACCAGGCCCGCCUGGAGCUCCCGGGACCCACGGAUCCAUGGGGCUGCAUGGAAUGCCUGGUCCGAAGGGGGAACCCGGAUAUGGGAUGAGGGGAGAGAAGGGGGAUACUGGUGCUCCUGGAUUCAAAGGUCUGGACGGCCACCCUGGUCCAACUGGUGCCCCGGGGUUAGUGGGUCUUCCAGGUGCAAAGGGAGAAAAAGGCAGACCAGGCGAGCCUGGAUUAGAUGGUUUCCCAGGCCUGAUGGGAGAGAAAGGUGACCGAGGGGAAAGAGGAGAAAAGGGUGACAGGGGAUCAGUGGGAAAGAGAGGUCUAAAGGGCCAAAAGGGAGAGCAGGGUCCUCCAGGCCUGGACCAGCCCUGUCCUGUGGGUUGUGAUAAGACUAAAGGUCUGUCUGUGGAAGCAGGGCUUUCUUCUCCUACUCCUCUUCCUCCUUCCGGCCCUGAGGCCCCCUGCCCUUUGGGACAUGACGGGCUGCCCAUACCAGGUUGCUGGCACAAGGACGAGAUGACAAGGCAGAAGCUCAAACGCAAGCGUCUCUCUCAGCCCUGA